UACUGAGGCACCAAGGCCGAGAUGGCCCCACAGCAUCUAUGGCCAGUGGUCCUUGUGGCUCUCUUCAUUAUGCCCAUCCAGUCUCUGCGCUGUGUUUACCUGGAUAGUGCAACCUUGAAAAGUAUGAGACUUCUGGGAAGUAUCACCCAAUCUCCCCUAAAAUGUCUAAAAGAUUUCCAGGAUUUUGCGUUUCCUAAAGAAAUUCUUGAGCACAUCCAGCAUGUGGAAAGGGACCUGAAGGAGGCCUUCUAUCUUGCAUCUAUUCAGGCAUUAAAUAUUUUCAGUCAGAAUAGGUACUUCUCCCCUGUUUUAAGGGAGCGCCUAGAACACAUCGGGAUGGCACUUUUUGAGCAAAUGGGGCAAGCGCAAGAAUGCUUCAUGGACGAGAACAAGGAGUUCAGUAAGAUAGAUCGCCCCCUACCGAAGGACCUCCAGAGGGUAUACCUGGAACUGAGCAAGUAUUUCAUCAAAAUCAAGAGGUUCCUGUGGAUUAAGAAAUACAGUUUGUGUGCCUGGAAGAUCGUCGGAGCAGAAAUGAGAAGAUGUUUCAUGAUAUUUUACAAUUUCAAAAAACUACUCAAAAUACAAUCAGAUCAUUCAUCUUCAGGCGAGGAAUAAAUAGAAACUGACGGCUCAGAUGUGCUCAGAAACGCUCUAUGUUAAGGCUAUUACCAGCAUGCUGCUGAACUCUUCACACUCAAGACCUUCCAAGCGCAAAGUUCAAGAUAGUAUACUCAAGGAAAGUCCUUCGGUAAAACAAAAGACAAAUUUCAAUGGAAAAUGUGAGAAGAAAUGUAAAAUUAAAAACACAAAACAAGUGC